UUCCCAUGCUUCCUUGUAAACUCCGCUCUUCUCUCGUGUGUUCUGAGUAGUUGCAGAGCUCUAUUUACAUGACGAGCAACCAAACAUGCCUUAUAUAAAAACCCCAUUAAAAUUAUUCUUCUAGACCUCAUCACUCUGAGCUCCUCAUCAGUCUCUGAGAGAGGUGGCCAUGGGGGGACCUUUCAAUCACAACAAGGGUGGGAAUAGUAGUAAUUCUAAUAGCAACAGAGGGAGGCCUUAUGGGUUGAUGCUGGUGAUGGCAUUUGCUGCUGCAUUGGUUGGAGUCAUGAUGCUCCAUAAGCUCAGAGAAAGGCGCAUCUUCAACCUUGUGAUCAAAGAGAAAGACACUGAGCUCGUUUCGCUUCACCUCGCCUUACAGAAGGAGAGAGACUACAGUCGAGAAGUGAAAAUGAAGCAUGAAGAUCUGAAAGCGAAGAUGUACUCCAUUCGAACACAAAAGAUGAAGCUUGAGAGGACAGUGGUGGAGAUGAAGUCUACUAUUGGUUCGCUUAAAGAGGAGCUGAGGACAAUGGAGACUGCAUUUGAGGAGAAGCAAAACGAAACGAAAAUGCUGUUGAGAGGAAAUGGUGAUCAGAGUGAUAAUCCUCGGGUGAUGGAGUUGGUGGAAAGCUUGAAUCGAAAGGAAGCUGAAAUCGAGGAAUUGAAACACCGCCUUGAGUAUAAGGUGUGGUCGGUAAGUACUGACGACCCAUCAAACCCAACCAGAAAUCUAACCAUGUCCAGACGGAGAGACGAGGCUGAUCAAGUGUCAAGUGAAUAUGGAAAUGGCAAUAAAUCCAUGAAUCUCAAACAGGGUGAGACUACGAAAGAAGUAGAAGAUCAAAUUGGAAAAGCAGAGGGGGGAAUAAAUAAGAUGGAAAUGAUGGCGAAAGAGUCAGAGAAGAUGGAUAAUUCCCAAGAGGUGAAUUUGAAAGGUGGAAAUUCCACUGAUGAGGGCCAAGCAAAGAAGAGUCGGGAUUUUAAAGAUGUUGAUCAUAAAGCAAAUGAUGGUCAAGAGAUUAAGGGCAGACCAAAUGGGAAUCUUCAAGACAUUGAAAAUUCUGAACUAGGUGAUGGUCAGAAAUUUCAUGUGAAAACAGAGCGUGGGAUGAAGUUGGAAAUGCAACAUAAGGGAUCUGAAAAUAAGGAAAGGUCUAGAGUGGGAGGGAAGCAAGGCUACAUUAGUGGUAUCAAAGGAAAGAAAUGGAGAUCAGUUGCCAAGAAUUGGAGGAUGGAGAAGAAGGGGAAUUCUAGAAACAAUGGGGUGGCAAGCAUGAGAGGUAGGAGAUUCUCUGAAGAUGAUCGGUAUAAGGGCAGAGCAGAGGAACUGUCUUCGAACAGGAGACUAUCAAGUAAUGAUCGCACGAUGCAAGCAAGGGAGUCAGCAGAUUCAAGUGAUGCAGAAGAUCUGAAAAACAAGCUUACACAUGUUGAUUCCACCGAGGGUAAUGGUAAUGUCAAUGGCAUAGCAAGUAAUGAUAUAAAACAGAAACAAGAAUUUGAAAAAUCAGAAGACCAUGAAGCCAUUAGCAUCCAACAGAAUCUAAACAACAAGGAUAUCAGCAAGCUAGAAGAUAGCAUUGAUGUUGAUACACAGGACUUUCCAGGAGAUUUGGAAGUUGCAGAUGCAGAAGAACACGAGAACGAUGUAACUGAGGACGGUUUCCUUGGUGAAUCAGGUUCCAAUGUGGAAGAUAAAAGAGGAGUAUAAGGAGGAAAUAGAUGAGUCUAAAUUUUAGGUUUAGCAUGUUUAGAUUGUAUGACUGGAGUGUGAUAACUGAUAAGUGACUGUCAUUUAGUUAUGUUCCUUUAGUAAUC